AAUGUAAUUUUCUCACCUAAUACUUAUUUAAUACAUUUAAUGCAAGAUUACAUUAAAAGACUUGCUACCACUUGUGCAGCUUCAUGUGACUGUACUUGCUACUACUCUGCAGCCUCAUUUGCAUUUCAUUUGCAUUUCAUUACAGCCUCAUUUCAUCAACAUUUGCAGCAUAGCUUGCUGCACUCUUCUCCUAUCGUGUUUGGUGAAGCUCUCCCUUCAUUUCAUUUUGCUGCUACCUGUGCAGCUUUCUUUCCAUUUGCUGCCUCUUGUGCAGCUUUGACACCACAGCUCCAACAUGUUGCUUUUUACAGAUAAUUUGCAUCAGUAGUAAUUCCUUGAUUUUGUACAAUGUAGUGAAAUGCAUUAUCCAUCUAGCCACCACUACAGCCAUCAUUUCUGUUCACACAAUCCACAAGCUGCCAUUCAGAUAGUGAAAUCAGGUUACCUGUCUUAAUCUGGAUGAUCCCUUCCAUAGCAGCAACAGCAGAAAAUGCCCAGCAACAAUCUAUAAGGUUAUAGAACAGUAAAAUCAACUUAAGAAA